AACGGUUUCAACCCUUUCCACCCCUCAAAAUACAGACCACCUCCAGUCAUUGCUUUCUGUUCCUUGCAAGCGAUAAUUAAAGCCACCUCCAUCGAUCGCCUUCCCUUCCCUUCCACUCAACUCCAUCUUCCCCAGUACUACUAUAUAUAACUGGGCAAACGGAAAUUGAUUAGGAUCGACCAGAGAAGAGCAAGCCGGCCGGCAUUAAUUAAUGGAUAUUAAGAUCGAGAAUCACGAUGAUUAUCAUCGUCAUCAUGAUGAAGUUCCUCUCUUGCAGGGACAGAAGUCUAAUAAAUCCAUGUCGGAGGGCGAAGACAAGACGCUGAUACAGAGAGCCAUCAGCCGGACCUUUCAGAGCACGGCUCAUCUCGCCAACCUCCUGCCCACCGGCUCCGUUCUCGCCUUCCAGCUGCUGGCGCCCAUCUUCACCAACCAGGGCGAUUGCGACCCGGUCAGUCGGGUUUUGACGGCCGGGCUGAUAUCGGUGUGCGGGUUGUCGUGUUUCCUGCUGAGCUUCACCGACAGCUUCAAGGACAAGAACCGUAACGUCUGCUAUGGCUUCGCCACAGUCCGGGGCCUGUGGGUGAUCGACGGCUCGGCGAGCUUGCCGCCGGGGGAGGCGGCGAAGUACAGGCUGAGGUUCAUAGACUUCCUGCAUGCUUUGAUGUCGAUUCAGGUGUUUGCGGCAGUGGCGCUGUUUGAUCAGAAUGUGGUGAGCUGCUUCUUUCCGGCGCCGUCGCCGGAGGUCAGGGAGGUCCUCACUAAGCUGCCGGUUGGGAUUGGGGUCAUUUGCAGUAUGCUAUUUGUUGUUUUCCCGACCAAACGGCAUGGAAUUGGCUUCCCCCUCAGCACUGAUGACAUCUGAAACUCUCUCUUCCUUUUUCCCGAUCAAAUUGUUCUUCAAUCCUCUCAAGAAAAUGCUGUUUUUACUAUGACUUGUCUGCAAUUUUUAUUUUUUUGGGUUGGUUUACUACAAAAUGAUAAUAGUUCCAAGUCUCAAAUUAAGAGUUUAAUCUUAAUAUUUUGUUUUGACAUAAGUGUUUAUAAAAAUGCGACAAGUUAUUUUAGGAGUAUUUAAAUUCACAAAAUGU